GUGUAAGUGGAACCUCGACCACAACUACCCUAGAUUACUCUAACCCUCUAUAUUUGUCAUCAUCUGAUGUACCUGGAAUCUCUCUUGUACCCGUACCUUUCUCUAAAAUUGGUUUCGGGGGAUGGAAGAGAAACAUGAUAGUGUCCUUAUUAGCUAGAAACAAGAUAGGGCUUAUUGAUGGCUCUUGCCAAAGCCUGUUGAGGAUUCUCCUCAGUUUAGACAAUGGGACAGAUGCAACAAUAUGGUCAUAUCUUGGCUCACUAGCUCUUGGACUCCUGACAUUGCUGAGAGUGUACAAUAUUCAUACACUGCUGAGAGUAUUAGGACUCAACUAUGUACAAGGUAUGGUUCUGUUAGUGGGACAAAAAUUUAUGAACUCAAAAAGGAGUUAGCAUCCACUAAUCAGGGUUCUUUGGACAUUGCCUCAUAUUUCAACAAACUUAAGAAGUUGUGGGAUGAGCUUAGGUUUUUAUGCACAAAUCACAUCAAUAUAUGUACUUGUGCUGCCAAAACUGUUCUUCAGAAGGAGGAAGAGGAAAAUAAGGUGUAUCAAUUCCUCAUAGGGCUGAAUGAGACAUACAUUGGGGUUAGGAGAAACUUGCUAAUAAUGCAGCCCUUUCCUUCUCUUGACUCUGCAUAUAACAUCCUACUCCAGGAUGAGAGACGGAGACAAGUGACUUUCACUACCCAAUUGUCACCUAAUUCAGCCUCUUUCCAUGCUUCUCUUAACAAAAGACCACCUAUUUCACAUUCUUACCCUUCCAAGCCCUAUAAUCCAAGAGUUAACUUUGAACAGGAUAAGUCAUCCUUGUUUUGCAAGUAUUGCAAGAGGACUGGGCACUUGAUGGAAAAGUGCUACAGGCUUCAUGGAUACCCACCUGAUUUUAAGUUUACCAAUUCCAAGGGUAAGAAAGUAGCUGCUAGUGCUGAGGUGCAGACUUCUAUUCUUGCCCUGUUCAACCUUCUAUUUAGUCAGCUCCUUCUAGUGCUGGUAACCUAGCUUUGUUUCUUGUUGGUUUAAACAAAGAACAAUGUGAUCAGGUUGUGCAACUAAUGCAGGGGCAUCACAUUUAUCCAGAAUCUCAUGCCAGCCUCAUGGCUUCUGCUAACUUUGCUGGCCCUUUCAAUGAAGAGGCCUAUGGAGAUUGGUACAGGACAAUGGUCUCUACAAGCUUGUGCAAACAUCUGCUAAAUCUAGUGAUGGUGUUCAUCUCUCUCCUGUUUCCUCUAGUGAUGUUCUUUCUACUUUUUAAUGUAAUUUCUCUCCAGUUUGUCCUAGAGGAAACAGUAAUCCCCCUCACCUUGAUCAAUUCAUGUUUGACCUACCUCCUUCCCUAAGUGGCUCUAGGUCUACUUCUUUAUGUCCUACUUCCUUAGAUAAUGCUACUGCAUCUGAACCACACUCAUAUCAACAAGCAGCUUCUAUUCCUGCUUGGCAACAGGUUAUGAGGGCUGAGUUUGAGGCCUUACAGGCCAAUAACACUUGGUCUAUUGCUCCUUCGCAUGCUGGGAAGAAGUUUAUUGGUUGUAAGUGGGUUUAUAAAAUCAAGUACAAGGUUGAUGGGUCUGUUGAAAGAUAUAAGGCUAGAUUAGUAGUUAGGGGAGACACUCUACUCGAAGGGGUGGAUUUUAAUGAAACCUUCUCAUAUGUUAUUAAGUUUUCCACUAUAAAAUGCCUUGUUGCUUGGAAAAAAGGCUAGACUUUCUUUCAACUUGAUGUAAAAAAUGCCUUUUUGCAUGGUGACUUGGAGGAGGAGGUCUAUAUGAAGCUUUCUCCUAGUUUGUCCACUGAUUAUCCUACUGGUUAUUCUUCCCCUUUGGUGUGUCAUCUUCAGAAAUCAUUGUAUGGCCUGAGACAAGCUUCUAGACAGUGGUAUGCCAAGCUGUCUCAAGCACUUCACUCUACGGAUACUCUCAUUCCUCUAAUAACCAUUCUUUGUUCAUUAAACACUCUUCUUCACACAGAUCAAUUAAUGGUUUUUGUGUUCUCUUGGGUGGAUCUCUUAUUUCUUGGAAAGCCAAGAAGCAACGUGUUGUUUCUCUCUCUUCAGCUGAGGCUGAGUAUAGAUUUGCGAGUAAAGUGGUUGUUGAAUUGGUUUGGCUGUUGAGAGUUUGAUAUUGGUGUUUCAAUUUCUUCCCCUGUUCCAGUUUUUGUGACAACAAACAGCUAUACACAUUGCCAAGAAUCUGGUAUUCCAUGAGAUGACUAAACAUAUCGAGGUGGAUUGCUAUUUCAUUCGCACAAAGCUUGCUGAUGGCCUAGUUGAGCUGUUUCAUGUUCCCACUUGCUCACAGUUAGUUGAUGUUUUUACCAAGCCUUUGACCGGUCUUGUCCAUCAUGCAAUCUUGCUCAAGUUGGUUGUUCAAGCCCCCUCCAACCUGCAGGGUGGGGGGUGGGGUUGUUGGAGUUUAUAAUACACGUGGAACUAAGAGUACACAAUCAGAUGUAGUGAUCCCACCUGAAGUCUUUGUAUGUCUUGUAUAUAUAUUCAGUAUAUAUUUAUGUAUAGUGUUGUGCAACAUAGUAGGAGUGAUAGGUGAGCCCAAUGUAUGUAUGAGCUCAUUCUUUCUAUAUUUCUUUCCGAGUCUGGCCUAUUGUAUAUAAGGACAUUAGAUCCUUCUAGAUGAACUAAUGAAUUUUUUUCUCAGAUUUUUCUAUCAAUGAAACUUUCUCUAA